AUGGCAGAGCCCAACCUGGCCCCGGCCACGUUCGCCGAGUACAAUGAGCAAAUCCAGAGUCUUCUGUUUUCUGUCCCGCCGGAGAUUCGAUACGCAAUCUUCGCGUACUCCUUGGCCAGUACCCCAGGCACUACUCAGCCAGUCGGUCAAGAUGCGCACUGCACACGUCCAGGGUACGAGACUCGGCACCACACAUAUCUAAAGCUCCCAUCCAGUGUGACCCUCUUCGAGUUUGACAUCGAGAGUCGGGUGCACCGCGAAGACGAGGUAGAUUAUAUCGCACGCAAGACCGCCGACGAGUGGCAUUUUAAGCGCAGCGACGGCAUCCACCUGCUGGCCGGCCAAUCUGACAUCUCCAUCUCGCGCUGGACGGGCAGUUCGGUGCUGGGCAACGAGCGCUGGGUCCGCGAUGAGACGCGGCCCGGUCAACUUGAUUACUACUUGACAACAAUUGCCUGGCGGCCCUCGCAGCACCCGUUAGGUGCUCGGCCAUUGUACAAUCCGUCCCUAAUGGAGCCGGCCGCCGCGUGCACAGCUGGAGUUUAG